AUGAAGGGCCUCUACCAGCCUGCCGGCCGGAUUCUCGUCACUCUGGGGAGCCUCAGUGUAUGCUCUGGAGUUACUGCUUUCUUCCCUGUCUUUUCUUACAAGCCUUGGUUCACAGGAUGGAGUGUUUGGAUUGCUUGUCCUAUCUGGAAUGGAGCUUUGGCCAUCACAACUGGUGUGCUUCUACUGUUGGCUUACAGAGAGUGGACCCAGAAGUACCUGUGGGAAGCUACUUUCACCUUUGUGAUUCUGAGCAUUAUGGGAUGUCCACUUCAUUUUGCAAUAGCCUUGGAAUCUGCUCUCCUGGGCCCAUAUUGCUUCUAUUCAUUUUCAGGGAUUGCAGGGACUAAUUACCUUGGCUAUGCAGUUACCUUUCCUUAUCCAUAUGCAAAAUUCCCAUUAGCCUGUGUGGACCCACCACACUAUGAAGAGUACCACCUGACACUUCAAGCCCUCGACCUGUGCCUAAGCUUUACCCUGCUCUGUACAUCCUUGACGGUGUUCAUCAAACUUUCUGCAAGACUUAUCCAGAAUGGACACAUAAACAUGCAACUCCCUGCUGGGAACCCAAACCCUUUUUCACCAUAA